UUUCACUGUAACCAGCUGCUGGACCGAUCCAAUCCCUGUCGGAGUGGAAACACGGGGGCCGACAGUCCUCGCUUUUCUUUCCUCCCUUCCCGUUUAACCUCGUCGUGCUUUGCUUUUAUUUCACCCCGCUUCUCUCUCUCUCUCUCUCUCUCUCUCUCUCCUUUUUGUUUUCCUCCGUGGACAAUUUUUCUCUCCUUCGCUUCUCUCUUUUCCUUUUGCUGUUAUUUUUUUAUAGAGAAGCUCUAUCCACUGGCUCACAGCUCUGUUUAUUUAUUUAUUAUUUAUCGGGGGUUGUUUUCCAGUCUCUCUCUCUCUUUAGUUAUUAUUUUAAUGAACAAAGACUAGGCGUGUAGAUAUUUUAUUUUUUUUAGCUAGCUAGAUGUUCCACAAAUGAGAAGACGCAAAAGAUGGAACUGCACAUUUUAGAGCACAGCCUGAAAGUAGCUAGUAUAGCGAAGGAGGGCAUCCAGAUUUGCACUCACGGAUUAAUCAAACUAGCGUUCCUGCCCUCUAAAACCAGAUGCAAAUUCUUCAGUUUGACCGAAACGCCCGAGGACUACACCAUCAUUGUGGACGAAGAUGGCUUUAAAGAACUGCCCCAGUCAGAGUAUCUUAGUGUGGCGGAUGCGACGUGGUUGGCGCUGAACGUUGUGUCGGGAGGCGGGAGUGCCACCAGCUCUCAGCCAAUAGGGGUGACCAAAAUCGCCAAAUCAGUCAUCGCCCCACUGGCUGACCACAACAUCUCUGUAUUCAUGCUAUCAACUUAUCAAACUGACUUUAUACUGGUCCGGGAGAGAGAUCUACCCAUGGUCAUGCACACCCUCUCAUCAGAGUUCACCCUCCUCAGAGUAGUGAACGGAGAGACUGUAGCCGCUAACUGCUCCGGAGUCACCAAUGGUUUCGUCAAGCCUAAACUGGUCCCUCGUCCCAUCAUUCACCCUCUCUCCAGUCCGAGUAACAUGUUCUGUGUGACGAGUCUGGACCCGGACACGCUGCCCUCAGUGGCCACUCUGCUCAUGGACGUUAUGUUCUACUCAGGCGGAGGGAAAGAGGCAGGAGCACAGAACGAGGAUUCGGACCACAUCCGCUUCUUCUCCUUCUCCCUGAUUGAGGGCUACAUCUCCCUGGUCAUGGAUGAACAGACUACUCGAAGGUUUCCCAACAACGUCCUCUUCACCAGCGCUUCAGGGGAGCUUUGGAAAAUGGUUCGCAUUGGAGGACAACCUUUAGGAUUUGAUGAAUGUGGGAUUGUGGCUCAAAUUUCUGAGCCACUGGCGACAGCUGACAUUCCAGCCUACUACAUCAGCACCUUCAAGUUUGACCACGCUCUGGUCCCUGAGGAGAAUAUCCAGAGUGUGAUUGGAGCUUUGAGGACCAAUGAGAGCACAGGACAGUGAGAGCCUCUCUUCCUCCUGAUUGGACAGGAGUCUCACGUCCCUGCUAGCGUAUUGAUAUCUCAAUGUCAAAACUCUCUUAAAGUGCCAAGAGCUUCUCCAGGACCUCUGUGUGUGUAUGUGCGUGCGUGUGUGUGUGUGUGUGUGUGUGUGUGUGUCAGGGAGGACUGUACGGGAGACGGGGGUGGGCGAUUUGGGGAUAUGUAGAGGAGGGGUAGACAACACUAGAGUGGGGUUGCUUAUAGUUUUGCAGGCAGCAUUGGGCUCCCCCUCUUCAGUAUGGAAACGGUUGUGCCAAUAUUUAUCACGCCAUGUUUGCACCUGUCCCUUAUCAUCACCCCGCCUCAAAGCAUAUUCUCUUCUACAGAGACCCUCGGCCGUCUGGUGCAACUGCAGUGUUCUGUUUGUGUAUCCCCAACCCUUUUCUGUCCCACCCCCUGCCUUAUCUGCCCCCUCCCCCUUCCUCCCUGCACCAUUUCUCACUGGGAACGAGGCCUGCCUCAGUUCCAGAGAUAUCGCAAAUCACCAGUAUGUAUUAGUGAGUGGUCUUCUGUAAAGAGAGGGCUCAGAAUGUACACCACAAACCUUUUUUUUUUGUUUGGUUUUGCUUUGCUUUCGUCUAACUCUCUGUUUCUCAUCACCCCUAAUCUUUUUCUCCACUCCACUUUGCUUACAGUGCCAAGUUACUUUUAGACCUGAAGAGACUCUUCUAAAACACAAGUAUUUCCUUUUUCCACUUUUUUCUUUGUUUCUUUCUUAUUUUUGAGAGUGCAAUAUGAAAAGUGAUUAUUGCUGAUUAGUUUGAUAGUCAGGAAAAGGACUGUCCAGCUGUCUAAGGAAAAGAAAUAUUGUUUUUUUAUUUGUUUGAAAAACAAAAACACCUGACUUUCGUUCAUUUUCCCCACACCCCCACCUCCCUCACGUAAAGCCUAUGUUCACAUUUUCGUUUUGAAUGCCAACUGGCUGGGUGAUGUAUACGUUUUCUUUGUUGGGUUUCUGAGUAGAGUGAGUGGUAGUUGAACACUAUUUCAGUUCAGUGUUUCACUUUUCACAUCUUUUCAAAGUUACAAAUAUGAAACUAGAGAAUGAAUCGUGCAAUUUACUGUACACUGUUUUUAAAACACACAUUUCUGAUGUAGAUGGACAUUUUGUUUUAUUUUGUUUUUUUGUGUUUUUCUCCUGUCCACCCCUUACAUGUGUGAAGCUGUCUUUGUGUUUUGUGAUUGGAAAGAAACGGUGGCACACUCCCUCUUUCCCCCUAUUUUUUUUUCUUUAGUCCUUACCACUCAGCAUUUCUCAAGGCUAGUUCUUCUAGCAUGGAGGACAAGGUGUGGGUAAUUAUGGUCACUUAUUGAAUGUUGUUAGGGGUCUGGAGACACCGGCGGCGUUACUUUUUAGGCCUUCUACCCUCCCAACCCAAUCUGCACUUUAUUUAAGAUCUUUCUUGGGAUCUUACUGUUCUGGUGUGAAAACAAGUGGAAAGGAAUCUUUUUUUUUUUUUUUUUAAAGAAGAAGAAGAAGAACUUUUAUCGGUCCUAGAGCAUGGAUGGGUAUUGUUUGUUUGCCACCCCCUCCCCCUUUAUCUUCUGUUAGCUCUGAUUAGCAGAAACCAUGUAUUUAUCAGUGUUAAAAAAGGGUGACCUGUUUCCUCUCUGACCAUUAAAGACAUGAAAACAGUG